UAACCACAACACACUUGUCCUUCAGCCCUCAAGAGGGAAUCCUCUUUAGCCCGAGAUGGCAUGGGUGGGUAUAGAAUAUUUUGGAAGCAAGGGAGUAGACCCUGCGGUUUUCUAUCCCUUUCCCCUCCCCCACCUUCCACAUUUCUGGCUCUGACUUAUUUCCUUGUGUUGCCAAGGUAACCAACAGUCCCAGAACACAGACUUCUGACAGUUGGACUUCUAGCCACUGAGACGCAGGACUUGAAGGAUUUCUAACGUCCCCCGUUUAUGUGCUUCAGGAGUUGGCAGCACCUCUUCCGUGUUCGUAGCCGUGUGCGUGGCAGAGUCUAUGACGUGUGUGUUACUGAGUUGAGGGACACCUGAGAAUUGAACCCUCGAACUCCAUGGCCAACUCAUCCUCUAGCAGCGACACAGAAUACUGCAGCUCUGAAUGCAGCUCCAACCUGAGCCUGUCUGUGGGCUAUUUCCCCUGCGAGGAUCCCUUCUGUGAGGACAAUAUGUCCUGUGAAGACACUCCUUCCAAGGGUUCUCCAAUCCACUUCCUCCCUCCUAUCCAAGGGACAUGGUGGACUGGAAGCACAGGGAGACUCAGGAGGAGACGAGACCAAAUUGAGGACCGCCCAGAGCAGUUCUGCAAACUAAGCAUUGCCCUCGCCUGGGACGCUGACGUGGGCUCUAACACUGCAGACUCCAUCACUAGCUGGGAUCUAAAUGGAGACAACCAGUGGGCAGACAAGCACCCGAGAGAGAGAACGAACCUGACUCUCAGCAAACUGGAUGGUCUUGUGCAAACGCUUGAGACAUUUCUAGAAAAUCAGAAAGAUGAUGAAGGUGAUAACUCUGUGUUCUCCGAAUUCACUCAGGAGGAAGACUUCCAGCUGUCCGGCAGCCCCCCUCCAGAUAGGGCUCAGGACAGCCAUCAGGAACACCAUACUUGUCAACGCUUGCUCAUGUGCAAAAUGCCAGAAAACGAAGAUGUUACCCUGUUCCCACAGAUUCCACUAAGGCUUAAGGAGCAUGAACUUGCUGAGCUAAGCACAGAGGUGUCUCACAGGACAGCAAGGGACAGGCCGAUAAGCCAGGCAGCUGGCAGCCAAAAGACAAGCCUGACAAAGAGCUCCUCAGUCUCCUCGGGGCAGGCGGCAGCGCAGGAGGAGGACGCCUCUUCCGACACACAAGCCCAGUCCUGUCUGAACUUUGGGUGGGUCUUCCGCUGGCUGAGGCAGCAGGUCCUCCCCUCUCUGCGGCGGCGAACGCCCCCUGCGGCAGCCACCCAAAGCCCCCCUCAGCUGGCACCAAAGAAAAGACACUCUCGAAGAAGCAAGAGAAUCCAACCCGCAGAAUCCCCCAAAGCAGCACACCCUGCAGCACCAGACUUUUAAACCUUUUGAUAGUCCCUGUUCCACAGUUCCUGUGGGGGUUUUAUGUUUUCCCAAUAAACAAAGCCAACGUUCUUGUCA